CGACGAUUCUGCUGUCGUCAUGGCAACCGGCGCUCACAGAAAAGUCAAAUCUGACUCCUGACAGCUGAAGUUUAAUUCUCUCAGUGUUGUUAUUACCCGCUCGUUUUAACGUUUCUAAUUUCGUCCACAACUGGAUUCAGCUGAAUGUUCUUGAGGAAAUACACGAGCCGGUUAACAUGCUGUUGAACUGUAAGGGUGCUGCGGCGGACCCCGGGCGAGGAGGAGCCGUGCCGGGGGCACAAGCACAAAGCAAUGGCCACGGAAGAACUCAAAGCGGCGAAGAGAGGCGGCAGGGGCUCGGUGUUCAGGAGUGGCCCGACGGAGCCAGAUACGAGGGAGAAUUCGUGAACGGAUUUAAACACGGGGAGGGGAAGUACACCUGGCCAAAUGGAGAGUACUAUGAGGGCUCUUUCUACAAAGACUACAGGCAUGGAGAUGGGCUGUACUGCUGGCCCACAGGCCAUAAGUUCACUGGCAAGUUCUACCUCAACAGAAAGGAAGGAUAUGGACAACAACUGUUCCCUGAUGGAUCCAGCUUUCAGGGUUUGUACCACACUGACCAGAGGUUUGGUCCAGGUGUCCUUAGUUAUCCAGAUGGGCGUGAGGAUGUGGGUCUGUGGCUUGGGGAGAGCCUGUUAAAGCUCUGUGCCUCUGUAGAGGAGGGCUUUAGCCUGAGGAACCUUCCUGAGUAUGCUGCCUACAUGGACCCAUCUGCCACAACAGAUUCCCUGAAAAAGGUGGAUUUGGACAGAGAGCUGCUGUCUGAUGAGAAUUUUGUCCUUCCCCACGGCAUUGAGAGUUACUCAACAGAUGGCGACCACUUGCCGUUGCCCCCUGGCCGUAGAAGAGAGUUGGAUCAACACUUCUAUGGCGAGCUGUGGGAGCCAGACAUUUAUCCACACCAAGGAUAUGAGCGAGAUCCGCUCUCCAAACUGCCCUUACAGGCCCGCAUGCAGGCUCACAUACACAAACACAGACUACAGGCUGAAAAUGUGGGCUGGGACGUGGCCGCCGUUCUCUCUCUGAACAGGGAACGUUUUGGUCCUAAAGGGCCUUUGGAAGUCAGUUCAGAGUUAUUGAUCCAGCAUGCCUCCCAAGGGGAACUGCAGGCUGUGUCUCAGAUCCUCCAGACUGGUCUGGUCCAUCCUGAUGUAGCAGAUUCUCAGGGACACACUGCACUCAUCGCUGCCACAGUAAAUUGCCAAAAUUAUGUGAUCCAGCUGUUGUUGGAUAUGGGUGCCAAUAUCGACAAGUUGAACUGUGAGGGCAUGUCUGCCCUGGCUGUGUGUCAUGUCCUCUACUACCCUUUUCAGUCUUUGCACACCAUUUUGGCCGAACCACCUGCCAAAACUCAAGUUUUGAGUCACCAGAUCAGACAGGUUGAGUUCACUACAGAUACACUUGGGUUUAACAACAGACCUCAGACUGCAGACAGAACCCUGAGCAGCAGGACCAACCAGAGUCUCCUCUCUGAUGGGACAGCAGCAGAGCUAACAGACGACAUCUUAACACACAGCAGUAAAGUGUCCACUGACAGUGAGCUAGUCGCUGAGUGCUGGCCUGCCCUGAAUGAUCCUGAACACCUACAGGAGGAGAGAGAAGAGAAAGAGGAAGAAGGAGGGAAAAUAGACUACAGGGAGACAGAGGGAGAAGAACAAGUUAGAGAAAGAGAAAGCAAGAGGGAGGAUGAGAAAGAGAGCAAAGGGGAGGAGAGCGACAUAGAGAGCAGAUGUGAUCAAAUGUCUAGAAAUGAGGUUAAAGGAAAGGGAAGGAACUGCCGGAACAGUAAGAAGAAAGAGGCAGAUAUUGAGAGGAGUAAAACAGAGUCAAGAAAUGAGAACAUUGAGGAGAGUGAGGAGGAUGUUCAGAAUAGAGUGAGGAGUAUUCAUGAAGACGAGGACAUAAAGGAGAGAGAAGAGAGAAGAAGUGAGGGCGGGCCUGGUGUGGAGCGCUCCAUUCAGGUGAUGGAUGGUCACAUCCCAGUGGGCAGCGUGCAGUGGAAGGGGCAUCGAGCUAAAGCAGCAGGAAGAGCUCAGCAGGGCAAAGACAGAGAAGUGACCCCACAACCGACCUUUGACUCGGCCCGCUCCGUCAGCAGCUAUAACAUCCAGGUCACAGAGGAAGAAAUGCAGCAUUCAGCAGAAGCGCUGAGUCGCACAGGGAUUCCUCAGUGCUCUGACACACAGGAGACUGUACGCAAAAUGGCAGCCAUGAAAGUCGAACAUCGCAUUCGUUUGAAAACCCUGAAGCUGUUAUUGGAGCGAGGAGCCGACCCCAAUGUAUCCAGGGUCCCCAUGCCGGUCCUCUUUUUAGCCACUAUGGCAGCUGAUGCUGAGGCUGUCAAGAGACUGCUGCUGUGUGGAGCUCACACCAGCAUUCCCCUUUCAGCUGAGAGAAAAGGUCUGUAUCCCUUACAUGUAGCUGCAGCACUGCAAGGUCCAGCCGGUCCCAGAAUCACGGAGUUGCUGCUCCACGCUAUCACUGACCCGGAUGCACAGGCAUGUGACCACAAUGAGAUCUAUGAACAGGAUAAGAUUUUCAUGAAGGCCCGUAAACCACUGACCGCCAAUAAGAGCUCAGCUCUCAAAGAAGGAGGCCGAACAGCUCUUCAUGUGGCCUGCCAGAGAGAAAGUGACUACCAGAAUGCCAGUAAGGUGGUCGCCCUCCUACUGUCCCACAGAGCCAGCACAGACCUCCUCUGGAGUGGACACUCCCCUCUCUCCCUGGCUAUAGCAAGUGGGAAUGACCUGGCAGUGGAGGAGCUGUUGAAGGGAGGGGCAAACCCCAGCAUCCCCCUGGGCCGCAAUGUGGGCAGUGCCCUCUGUGCGCUUGCCAACAUCAACUACCACUUAGGUGGCAACAGAGCUAAGCUGUUGGUCAUGUUAGCUAAGGCUGGCGCAGACAUCUUGAUGCCAGUCAAUGUGGGCAACGUUGAGGGAACCGCUGUCGACUACGCACACCACUCCUUCAACCAGGAUGUUCAUAUCGCCAACACUCCCUUCCAUGGUCUGAAAAUGCGGGAGAGGGAAACACUGAAAGCACGGUGCCAGUUGCUGACAAUGAUGGGAGAUCUGUUGAGAAAGGCUGCAGGCAAGAGGGAGCGAGAGAAUACAGAGCGAGAGCAACAAUGUGCUGCUUCCUCAAAUGCUGCCCUUCCCUGUGAAAGUCUACCACCUAUAACAGAAAAACACAGGAAACCACUGUUUAAGUUCUGCUAUCACUGCGGUCGCUCUGUGUCUGUGGUGCUGACCCCUUGUAGCCGCUGCCACAAGGUCUACUACUGCUCCAGGAGCUGCAAACUGAAAGCCUGGGAUAAACUACACAAGGAUGAGUGUGUCCUGGUGUCAGCAUCUGCUAAAGGCAUCCAGAAGAAUGUUAUGUAUAAAUCCCAAAGAAGACCAAGGCCCCUGACUGUCAUGGUAGAUUCCAAAACCGUCUCCCAGCCCUUGAGUGUCAAGUUUAAAUCCCAAAGAGUCCCCAAGCCCAUGAGCAUGGCAGAAAAGGUUUUGGGGAGCAAAAUCAACCCAAAUGAAAACUACAGCUGCAACUGAUGGACACUGAAGUGCAACUUUAUCUACCUAAUAUUACAGUCCACUUCUGUUAUAUGACUUAUUUCUCUGGAGUCUUAACUUCAUAUUAAGCAGAAUAAUGAUGACAUAUUUUGUGCCACGAUCAUUUCUUAUUUAUACCUGUAGGUUUACAGUUCUAAUAUUGUAACAUAGUCUAAUACUGUCUGCAAACACUGAAUGGCUGCGUUAGGAACCAGUUGCAGAUUUCUGCAUUUGACUUCUGUCAUAUGAAAAUGUUCAGACUAACACUCUUGCUGUUGUUAAUCUUCAAUGGAUUAAACAUUAGCUUUGCGAGUUAAUAAGUAAGAAAGUACAACAAUAGUUGUAUGUUCCACUUUUCCAGAGCUUUCAAUUGCAUCUCAAUUCCAAUGCUGUUAACUUGAUCUCAAAGUGUUCAUCAACAGCCGAAGUCGUUUCAGUAGUCAUGAAGAUGAUUCAGCUGCCCUUGUAAUAAAAUCAUGUGAUGACAACUUAUAACUUCUAUAAGGAGCCAACUCCAAUUGGUGUGGAAGACCUUGAGAUGUGGUUAAAAGCUCCAGAAAAAAAAAAAAAAAUCUUGUAAGUGAAAGUGUUCAGACUUGUUUUCUUUAUCAAACUCCUGUUCCCAAAUCAAGACUGAACUUGAAUUUAAAGCUGAAGUUAGCAGUUAAGUAUCGCAUAUGGGAUCUUUUCUUGCCCAAUCCCUGUACCUCUAAUCAACCUAGCAUUAUACUGUAAAUGUAAGUGAAGAAUAAAUGUGCACACAAUUA